AUGGGUGACCCGUGGGCCAUCCUGGCGGCGGGCAGCAGUGGCGGAGGCGGUGGUUUCAGCCAGGAAAGCGAGCUUGAUUUGGCAAUAAUGGUGAGUGAUUUCUUGGAGAAUGAACAUAGUGGUGGGGCCGAGUAUUCAAGUAGCAGCGAUAGCGAUUCUGCCCUCUCAGAUCUUGCGCAGCUUGCUGAGAAAAUCUCGUAUCACAUGUUGGUGGCGGAUCAUCAGCAGCAUGACAUAUUGUCGGUGGUGAACUCACUUGCGCUUUCGAUCACUGAGAGAGAUCUUCACAAUGUGAAAUCAGGUCUUUGUAAUGCUAGCUGCAUCAGGUUCUCUCUGGUGAAGCUUCUGAGGCUUUCUGGUUAUGAUGCUGGUGUGUGUACAUCCAGGUGGCAAGGGAGCGGCAAGGUUCCUGGAGGGGACCAUGAAUACAUUGAUAUUGUUGGCUAUAAUGAUUCUGGAUGCCGAUUGAUUAUUGACAUAGAUUUUCGGAGCCACUUUGAGAUUGCUAGAGCUGUUGAAUCCUAUGACAGUAUAUUGAACUCUCUUCCAGUCAUUUAUGUGGGCACUUUUACCAAGCUUAAACAAUACCUUCAGUCUCCUUACGAGAGGAAGUUUGGUCCUGACGUGCAGAAUAACCUUAGCUCCACUCUAGUUGAACAUAAGAAAUGCAUCGGACACCUAAAGAGACUGCAGUCUUCACUUAAAUCUGAGAUUGAGCCAGAACGCAUGUUCAAGCCUGUAAACAGUGAUAAUUGGAAGCUUAAAUGUGGAAGGCAAAGGUAUAAAAUACAUUCAGAACCCUUUGAGGUGGACCUUGUGACGAAUGUUGGAGCUGCAGUAGCAGUUGCUACCUCUGCUGGUGGCGCUAGUGCUAUUGCUGGUUAG